UAUAAAUACUGACGAGGACUCCUCCAACAUUCAUCAGCUGACUGGCUGGCUGAGCAGUGCAGUCAUGAAGGUCCUCGUCGUCCUCGUCUUCAUCUUUCUCUCAGGUUGUAAUGGUGGACACUAUGAACCCCCAAGCCAAAGGCAGGUAGAAAUGGCGCAGGAUGCUUACUGGCAAUAUGUUCAGCAGUCAACGUCGACCCCAGAAGACUAUGUGCGGGAUAUCAGACACUCGCCUCCAGGACAGUAUCUGUGCUCCCUCAUCUCAAAGAGCAUCGACCUCAUCUACAACUUCUACCAUAAUGUGUACACUCAUAUAGUUCGGUGGACCAACAACUUUUACAAUAGCGUCCGCUAUGAGAUAGAUCACCUGAAGCAAGACCUGGAGCAUUUUCUGCUCUACCUGGAAGCUGACGUCCACCACCACGCCAAGGAGCUGGCAGCUCAGACCCGUUCCAAGCUGGAGGGGCUGAAGGAGAGUGCCGUCCACUACAUUGAAGCCCUGGACCCCAAAGGCUUCAAAAUUGCCCUGCAGGAGAAGAUCCAGGAUCUGCAUGAGCAUGUAGAUAAGUGCUUUGAACACCUGGAUAACACGCAUCAUCAUCAUCAUCCUCAUGACCACUAUGAUCAUCAUCAUAGUCACCCACAUCAUCGAGACCAUCACCAUCUUUUGUACAAACUUUUUGGUUACUCUCAUUAUGAUCAUCCCCAUGACCACAAAAACCACCAUGAUGACAAAAACCACCAUGACCAUCAUCAUGACCUCAAAGACCACCAUCAUCAUGACCACAAAGACCACCAUGAUGACAAAAACCACCAUGACUAUCACCAACUUUUGUACAAACUUUUUGGUUACUCUCAUUAUGAUCAUCACCAUGACCACAAAAACCACCAUGAUGACAAAAACCACCAUGACCAUCAUCAUGACCACAAAGACCACCAUCAUCAUGACCACAAAGACCACCAUGAUGACAAAAACCACCAUGACCAUCAUCAUGACCACAAAGACCACCAGACCACCAUGAUGACAAAGACCACCAUGACUAUCACCAACUUUUGUACAAACUUUUUGGUUACUCUCAUUAUGAUCAUCCCCAUGACCACAAAAACCACCAUGAUGACAAAAACCACCAUGACCAUCAUCAUGACCUCAAAGACCACCAUCAUCAUGACCACAAAGACCACCAUGAUGACAAAAACCACCAUGACUAUCACCAACUUUUGUACAAACUUUUUGGUUACUCUCAUUAUGAUCAUCCCCAUGACCACAAAAACCACCAUGAUGACAAAAACCACCAUGACCAUCAUCAUGACCUCAAAGACCACCAUCAUCAUGACCACAAAGACCACCAUGAUGACAAAAACCACCAUGACUAUCACCAACUUUUGUACAAACUUUUUGGUUACUCUCAUUAUGAUCAUCACCAUGACCGCAAAGACCACCAUCACCAUGACCACAAAGACCACCAUCACCACCAUCAUCAAGACCUCAAAGACCACCAUCAUCAUGACCACAAAGACCACCAUCAUCAUGACCAUCAUCUGA